UAGAAGAAGUUGUGAAAACAGCCAGCUGAGGAGGGGAGUCAUGCAGUUCCAUCAAGCCACAAGCCGGCCAGAUCAGUCAGGGAAGGAAGGUGAGUGAACACGAGGCGAGAGGGGAAAGUCCAUGAGAGUGUGAAGACCAGAGGCUGGAAAGGACGUCAGACACUCCCAGAGAGAGAGAGAGAGAGAGAGAGAGAGAGGGAGAGAGAGAGAGAGAAACACCGGAAGGCGUCUAUCCUCACGUUCUGUGGAAGAGUCGACAGCAGUGGAUGCAGUGAGACGAUGAUGUGCAUGUAGUGACUGCAGCUGGAUGGUUCUCAGUAGACAAAAAUAGGUUAUUUUAUUUCUGACGAGACUUUUCCAGAAGAGAAAAAGCAAAAAGACUUGCAACGUUAAGUGUUUUUGCAUCACUAUGGAUCAACCGGCAAGCAGCUGCAUGCGGAGCGCGCAUCCCAGCAGCCCCAUCUGGGGGUGCAUGAGGAACCCUCACUCAGGCAUCCCGGGAGCCAACCUGCAGUCGCCCUACCAGCAGGCCCCUUUCUCCCUCCACCAAAAGCCCGAGUUCCUAGCCUACACGGAUUUCUCCAGCUCCUGCCUGGUCCCGACUGCUCCGCACGCGGCCUACCCCCGCGACGACAGACUGUACCAAGAGAGCCACGCUUCGCCGGGGGGCUACCAGAGACCUGACUGGCAGUUCAACCCUUGUGAGGCUCGGGCAAGAGCAACCGAAGUCUGCCCACCGGUCGCCCCAACGGCAGUAGGUGGGGGCGGCGGAGGGGUGAGUGUAGUGCCAGAUCUGGACAGUGUAGGUGGAGAAAGGCUACCAGGGGCCGUGCCAGGGUGUCUGGAAGGAGAGUACUCACCUCAGAGUGUGGCAUCGGCCGACUCUGACAAGAAGAGCUCCAGUAAGAGGAAGAGGGAUGUGACAGAUGUCCAAGAGGCCAGUUUUAAGGUGGACUCCAGCUGCAAGGCCAGGAAAGAGCGCACGGCGUUCACAAAGGAGCAGCUGAGGGAGCUGGAGGCCGAGUUUACCCACCAUAACUACCUGACCAGGCUCCGCCGCUACGAGAUCGCCGUCAACCUUGACCUCACAGAGAGACAGGUCAAAGUUUGGUUCCAGAACAGACGGAUGAAGUGGAAGCGAGUCAAAGGUGGACAAUCGGCCUCGCCCAAUGACCUCGAGAACGACGACAUAGACUCUGCCGCCUCACCCAGCUCAGAAUGAGCACGUGACCCGUACUGUGAAAAGGAGACGACCUUGCGAGACAGACAGAAAGACUGGGACUAAUUGGACACCAGUGCAGCGCAAAGCCAUCUCUGCUCAUUCCUUUGGAAAGUUGGCUGUCUAACUAAUUCUAGACUCAUCUUCCCAGGAAAUAAAACACUGGGCUUCUUCUGUGCUGUUCUCUGUUGUAAAUAGUUGCUUCAUGUCCAUAUUGAACCAAAUUUUGAUACGCCUUUAUUUUGAAACUCUCAGCUUCCUGUCGCAGUGACUGUGGUAAGAUGGUGAGACAUAAGACAUGACAGCUUACUAAAAUGCCAGAUCUGUGGUCUUUGCAGCGCAGCAGCAAACUCUGUACAGAAGCUUUAAGAUGACAUAUCAGACCGUGAAGUGAUUGUGUUUGAGUUCAUCCCGUUUUGGAUCCAUUAUUGUAAUCACGGUCUUUGAUGCUUGACUACAACCACCUGGGAAAAAGCACACUGCAUAGGAGGUGCCAAGCCAUAAGUGCCUCACAAUCUGAUAAUUUUUUUCCUUUUGUCAGUUUUUUCCUAGAAUAUAGUUUUUUUUUUCCUGUCAAACACUUUUUUACUCUUCUUUUUUAUAUACAUUUUGAAUGUUAUUGAUAAAACACAGAUGUUUCCUAUUUCUGCAAACAGAAUAAAUCAUCUGCGGGGAAAAAAAGGGAAAAUAUUUUGAUAAUUUCUUCCAUCCGCAACUGAUCUGUGAUCUGACAUUACAUCUGUAUUCUUGGCUGUUGCCUGUGGGCUUUUUGUUUAGAUAUCAUGAAUAAAAUAACUAUAUCUUGAGGGAAAAAUUAUGAAAUGGAUUGUUGCCUACAGAGAAGCAUUUUGCUUUAACUGGCUUUUGAUGUUGGGAUUAUAAAUCAUGAGUGCACGUCUAUUGGCAUGUGUACUUGCAAGUCUCUUGCAAGACUGAAACAGUUCAGCAGCACAUUCUUCUUGUCUCACUGGUAUGGAUUGUUAAUAAACAGAAUUAGCAGAAUUAAUUCCCCAUUACAGAGGAAUUUGCAGGAACAAUUUCAUUCACACGUCAUCACAGUAUCAGUGAAAUUAAAAGCUUGAUAGCAUGUGACCUA